GUCGUUCCGCAAGUACGAUGAUGAGGAUGUCUCUAUAUAACACAUGUCUCCCCUCUCCAGGCACGUUCCUCCUCCGCGACAGCGCGCAGGAGGAGCACCUGUUCUCGGUGUCGUUCCGCAAGUACGGGCGCUCGCUGCACGCGCGCAUCGAGCACUACGAGCAUCGCUUCAGCUUCGACUCGCACGACCCCGCUGUGUUCGCCGCGCCCACUGUUACUAAGCUUAUUGAGCAUUAUAAGGACCCCGCGUGCGUGAUGUUCUUCGAGCCGAUGCUGACUGCUCCCCUGCCGCGCAGCCAGCCCUUCUCGCUGCAGCAGCUCGCACGAGCCGUUAUUGUGUCGCAUACUAGUUAUGACGGAGUGGAAGGCCUGCCUCUGCCAGGGCGUCUCCGGCAGUACCUGAAGGAGUACCACUACCGGCAGCGCGUGCGGGUACGACGCCUCGAGCCAGACCUGUACACCGCGCAACACUAACUCUAAUCACUAUAUGCCUUAUAUAUUAUGUUGUAAGCUCUAACCGUGCCAUUCUGUCAACUAAUGUUAUACAGUGGUCAUAGUCUAACCGUCAGUUGCACAAAGCUCCAUCUAUACUAAUAUUAUAAAGCUGAAGAGUUUGUUUGUUUGUUUGAACGCGCUAAUCUCAGGAACUACUGGUCCGAUUUGAACAAUUCUUUCGGUAUUAGAUAGCCCAUUUAUCGAGGAAGGCUAUAGGCUACUUUUUAUGCGAGUUCGUGCAGAGGUUCCCACGGGAUGCGGGUGAAACCGCUGGCAGAAGCUAGUUAAAGUUAAAGCUUCUUUAAAUCUAUGGCUAACUCUUUCUUUGUCAACUAGAUAAAAUGUGUCAGUAAUAGAUUUAAUGGAGCUUUGUGCAACUGACGGAAAAUCAUCUAUAAAAACCGGCCAAAUGCGAGUCAAAAUCGCGCACGAAGGGUUCCGUACCAUUAUUUAGAAAAUGAGCAAAAAAAUCACGUUUGUUGUAUGAGAGCCCCCCAAAAUAUUAGUAUUUGUUGUUAUAGCGGCAACAGAAAUACAUCAUCUGUGAAAAUUUCAACUCUAACUAUCUCGGUUCAUGAGAUACAGCCUGGUGACAGACGGACAUUGUUCAUUGUUGUUCAUAAAAAUAUUGGCCACUUUAUAAUAUUAGUAUUACAGAAAUGAAUAUGGUUUUAGUAUGAUAGUAACACAAAAUUCCUACGUUGUAACGUAGAUGUAAUGCCAUCGAUUUCAAAUAUCACUUAUUUCUAUAUUCAACAGUUUUUUUUUUUCAAAAAUAGUCUGAAAGCAAGUUUCAGUAUUUUGAACUUUAUUUCUUGAUAAAUAGAGUUUUUAAUACGAAGCUUUUUGUAUCAGUUUGUUUUAAUUUUAACCUUAUAACAGUGGGCAUAAGAUUCAAUAUACAAAAUCAUGGAAUUAAGACAGAAAUAUGUUUUAUAUAGGUAUAUAUCGAGUGUGUCAAUCCUAAUCAUAUUAAAUCCUAUCACAUAUACUUUAUGAUAUUCUAUGGCGGAUUGUAAAAAAAAUAACCUAAUCCCUUCAGUGGUUUAGCCACAGGAGUCAUUUUUCGUUUUGAUAAUUUACAACAUCAUGUGUAAAGCAGAGAUAAAGUUAUGAGUAUCGAAUGUUUUGAUCAGUUGACAGCUGUCAGUUUUCAAGGGAGAAUUUCCGUUGUUUGUACUGACUGACUCAUUAAUCACAUUUUUAUUCUAUUUACUUCGUUUGAAAAAUUCUUUAUUUCUUAUUUUUGGGUAUUUUUCUUUCAUCAUCAUCCUACUGCCUUUAUUGCAAUUUUAUUUGGGGUCGGUAUCUUAUUUCUUCUAUAUUAAAGUAUUUAAUUUAAUAUGAUUAGGUUUGACUCACUUUAUAUAUAGACGAAGAAUUGUAACUACAAGUAUCACAGUUCGAUGCUCGAUUGAUGCAAAGUUGUUUCUUUACAAAAUAUCAACUACAGUUAGUAAGAGGUGUAUUUGAAAUUCUAAAAUGUCUGAAAUGUUAAGUAAAUAAAUAAAAUAUGCAAUAUUGAGUGUAUAUUAUGUUUUUUACACAAUAUUUUUAACCGACUGCUGUAAAAGAGGUUUUUAAUUCGACUGUUUUUUUGGCAAGUGAUGAAUUUUGGAAAAUGUGUUUUUAUUUGUAGUAUCUAGCAUAAUAUGCACAUAAUAUUGUUUCUAAACUAAUAAAUAUCAGUAACGUCUUAUUAUUAUUAUUAAAUAAAUAAUUUUUAUUCAUACUGGCAACUGUAUUUCGAUAUUAAUAUUUUUUAUUGUGUUUGCAACACCUUUUUAAUAGAAAAUGUUUUCAAAUCAUGGUUUUAAAUUGUGAAAUUAUUUAAACUAUGGUUUCUUAUAUUACGGCCUUUACCAAUAUUCUAUGUGUGUGUUAAUUUGCUUACCAGAGAAAGAAUCUUAGACACCAUUGACUGUGUGUCGGAUGGCACGUUAAACUGUAGGUCCCGGCUGUCAUUGAACAUCCUUGGCAAUCGUUACGGGUAGUCAGAAGCCAGUAGUCUGACACCAGUCUAACCAAGGGGUAUCGUGUUGUCCAGGUAACUGGGUUGUGGAGGUCAGAUAGGCAGUCGUUCCUUGUGUCACACUGGUACUCAGUUGCAUCCGGUUAGACUGCAAGCCGACCCCAACAUAGUUGGGAAAAGGCUCGGAGGAUGAUGAUGACUAUAGAUAUAAUUUUGAUAUUAGACCCAUACAAGUAAUGUCAAUUUCCUAUUUCUAUUAAGCAAUACGAUAUAUAUAGAUCGAAUAUUGAGAAAGGCUGUUGUUGACCAAUUUAUAUUUAUCGUGAAAACCUAUUAAUAUCAAAAUAUAGUACGUUUAUAGUUUUAAUGUACAUUGUAAAUUACUGUAAAAUAGUUUAAAAAGUAAAUAUAAUAUUAAUGAUUAUUAUUUAAGUUGUAUUUUUGGUGUAGACUAUCGGUGUGAGCGACUGACGUCACUCUUCUAUCUUUCGUGAAUAGCAUGGAACUCUGUUCAGUAAUUCUUGAGUGUGAGACACACAGAUAGACUGACAGUUUUAAAAAUGAUUCAAAACCUUUUCUGCUUACCGUAAGUUUUAGUAUACAAUGCUGAACUGUUGCACGACAGUCGGCCGACAGUUGCGCGACAGUCGCUCACACCGAUCGCCACCAGUUUACAGUUAUGACAAAUGUAUUAUUAGCACUUUGUGCGUACAAAGAUAAUGAAAUAAAAAUCAACAAUAUAUUUUAAAAUACAA